CAAGCUGUAGAAUGGAAGAGCAAAUCAUGUCGCAUCAUCAUCAUCAUCAUCAUCACCAGCACCUCUCCUCUAGGACAAGCACUAGCUACUUACUCACCGAGGAAGGAGAAGACCCAAUGGCCGAGGUAUUGAGCGUAGACUCUGAGCCACCAGCUCCUGGUAAGUCCUGCCACGAGCUAGCAAUGGAGGGAGAGGAGUUGAGCAAGGCUGGGGACUAUGGAGAGGCCAUCCCGGUCCUCGAGGCAGCGCUAGAGUCUAGUCCCGAAGACUUCCAGCUCACCAGUGUUCUUUGGAGCCUCCUGGGCAAUGCACACUUUUAUCAAGGGGACAUGGAUGCAGCUAUAACCUGCCACUCUCACGACUUGGCCAUUUGCUGUGAGACUAAUGACGACAAGAGCAAAGCUCAGGCCUACUGCAACCUUGGGAUAGCUCAUAGAAAAUCAGGUUAUCUGCAAAAAGCUAAGCUUUGCUAUGAGAGCUACCUUGAGCUCUGUGAGAUACUAGAAGACAGACGCUCCAUUUCAAAGGCAAACCAUAACCUCGGGGACCUUCACAUGACUCUGGGAAGACUCAAGAUCCAGAAAGACGGAGGAUUAGAGAACUCACCGGAAGGAAGAGACCACCUGACGAUGGGAGCCAUGUACUUUGAGAAGCACCUGGAGUAUAUACAAGAUCAUGGGUCAAAAGCUUCAGAGUGUCGUGCACACGGUAACCUUGGGGUCAUUUAUGAACUGCUCCAGGACACUGACAAAGCUAUUGAUCAUCAUCAAAAGAGAUUGGAUAUUGCUAUGGAGAUAAGCGAUAAGGCAAAUAUUGGUCGAUCGUACUGCAGUAUUGGCAAUUGUCUCAAGGCUAUUUUGCAACCAGACAAGGCAAUGGAAUGCUAUAAGAGGGGUUUAAGUGUUGCCUCUGAGCUUGAAGAUCAUGUUGGUAUGGGAGUGUGUCACUGUAAUAUGGGUUCCACUUACGAGAUGAUGGGAAAUGUCGAAGAGACAGCUGAUCAAUAUGAAAAGCACUACCAAGCAAUGAAGAAUGCCGGUAACACCCAGGGACAGAUAUCAGCACUGACAAGUAUGGCAAAGAUAUACGAGACACUGGCAAAUGCCACAAAAGCUAUUGAAUCACUACAAAAGUUGGUGUUUCUCUAUCGAGAGCUAAAAGAAGAGUCUGAAAUGAAAGGAGCUCUCGAAAAGAUAACAAAUCUCGGCGGGUCCGAUCACGAGCCUUCCCACAUUGCCCCUCCCCCUAGCCCACCCACAUCAGGACCCAGUAAAGCUGAGAACGGCGGCAAGAAAGGCGGGAUUUUUAAGAAACUCAAAGAGAAACGAUCGAAGAAAAGGAGCAUCAUUGGGCCGGAGACUACUCAAAGCGUGUCGGGGGUUUUGGGUGAGUCGUGGCGCUGUAGCUCUCCCGUGAUUAAAGAGGAGACAAAGCUUCACUCUAACGAGCCUAAGGCAGUUGGUAAGGAUACAAAGGAAGAUCAACCAGUGAGGUCUGACUCAAGGAAUAGCAGAGAGGAAAGGGCCAGCCCUCAGGACAGGAAGCGUUCGUGGAGUCAUGGUCAAAUAAACAAAGUGUCUGUUGAGCAUGGAGACCAAACAAUGAAUGAGACCUUUCCCUCGUCUUCUCUUUCAUCGAAACUGAGUAACUCUGAAUUGGUGACACUUGCUAGUCCUAUUGAAAGAGGAGGAGGAGGGAAGGAAGGAGGAAGAGAGGGAGGACAGACGGACCAGUAUGUCAUUCACGGGCCCAUACCUGGAGAGACCGAGCAGUAUUAUAAGCUACGGAAACCGAUCUACGAGAAAUUUGGCGACAAGUCGCAUCACGAUACCCUCAAGGAACUGACGGAUUUUUUGAACAGUUCGGAAGAGAAGGAGCCGGUUAAUCUGAGCAUAUUGCAGGAUUGGGAUGGAUGGAUGAUUGGAUCCAAAGCUGUCAUGAUACAAUCAAGAAAAGAGUCGAAACUCAUAUAAAGAUAGUUACGGAAUUUAGUGACGAUCGAUCUAUUAUUUUAAAAUUUUGACACUCUUUUAUUAUUUUUGUUGUAAUAAUGUACUUGCUCUAUCAGUGACAUUGAUCA